UCGAUCUCCAGCUCAACGCACACACUUGGCCCAAACGUUAUUAUUAUGAUUAUGAUUAUCAUCAUUAUUAUUACUAUUAUUUAUGGAUGCGGUGCUCCUUCUCCUGCUUCGUCGCGAAAAACGGUUUUACCGAGCCGGUUCUCUUUUCAAGUCCACCGGGAGGUCAGUGCGUGGUCACGUGCCCGUGCGGACAGCUGCCAGACACUCGGCGUCCUCCGACCGCUCGCUUUCACACACUUUCGAGGGCUGUGUGCGCCUUGGAACAAUUUGCUUCCAUUCCCGAUGGAUGUUCGGAGGCAGCAGGGCCACUCGGGCGCCUUGCGCCCGACGGAGAGUGCAACUCGUGCUGGGAACUUGCAGGAGCUGACAGUGGACGACGUGGAGGCGGCGCUCUACCAGCUGCAUUUCGACCCGGACAUGGAGCGCAAGAAUGCGGCCCAGAAGUGGCUCGGCGAGGCUCAGGCGUCUGCACAGGCGUGGCACUUCUGCUGGACCCUCUUAGGCCCGACCAAGGUCCCAGAGGUCCAGUUCUUUGGUGCCAGCACCCUCCACGCCAAGAUCUCCUCUCACUGGAGCGACCUGCCAGCAGAGCAGCAUGAGCAGCUGAGAGCGCAGCUCCUUUCCCACAUCUUGCACUUCUCGUCUGGGCCAAAAAUGGUGUUGACCAGGCUGUGUGUCGCACUGGCCUCUAUGGCCCUCAACUUAAUUCCCCACGUCUGGUCCCAGCCGGUCGCCGACAUGGUGCGAGCCUUCCGACCUCAGAGCCCCGAAGGCGCGAAGGCCACGCGGGAGCCUCAUCUGCACUGUCUGGCCCUGCUGGAGCUCCUGGUCGUACUUCCGGAGGAGUUCCAGAGCAGCCGCCUGACCCGGACUCGACGUGCCCAGUUGAGGGAAGCCCUGGCCGGGGAGUGGACCGCCGUGUGUCCGCUGUUGCGCCAGCUCCUCCAAAGCCAGGACUCGUCAGCCCCGGUGAAGGAGAAGGUUCUCCGCUGCUUGUCCAGCUGGGCGGGACUGAACGUGCCACUCGGGGCCACGCGGGAACUCGUGCGGGAUUGCUUCGCGACUUUAUCCGACCCGGAGCUGUUUGACGCCGCUGUCGAGACGAUUGUCAACGCCAUCUCGCAGCCUGACUGCCGGAGGUACGGCGACGCUCUGAUGAGUCUCAUGCCUCCGGUUUUGGGUCUCCGCGAUCAGCUGCAGACGGCAGCUCGGGCCGGGGACGUGGAGACGUCGCACGGGAUUUGCCGAAUUGCUGUCGCUAUGGGCGAAACGCACUGCAGGGUUUUGUUGGAGCGAGUUGAGCGCUGGCAGGAGUUUCUGGCCUUGGUCAACAUGAUUCUGUUCUGUACCGGGAUUCCUGGUCAGUACCCGACCAGCGAGACGACCAGCUCCCUCACGCUCACGUUCUGGUACACCCUGCAGGAUGACAUCUUGUCGCUUGAGGAGGAGAAGCAGGCCAUUUAUCUGCAAGUCUACAGGCCCGUUUACUUCCAGUUGGUGGAUGUGUUGCUACAUAAAUCCCGCUAUCCUUCCCAGGAAGACUACAACGCCUCCUGGUCUUCUGAUGACAAGGAACAGUUCAGAAUCUACAGAGUGGACAUCGCGGACACGUUGAUGUACGUCUAUGAAACGCUGGGAGCCGAGCUGCUCAGUAAGCUUUACGAGCGUCUGGGCGGGCAGCUGAUGGACCCCCAGCAGGCAGCAGAAUGGCAGCAAACGGAGGCUUUGCUGUUUGGCUUCCAGUCCAUAGCAGAGACCAUCGACGUCAACUACUCGGACGUCAUCCCGGGUCUUAUCGGCCUGAUCCCCAGAAUCAACAUCAGUAACGUCAUGCUGGCCGACACGGUCAUGUACACGAUUGGAUCCCUGGCCGAGUGGCUGGCGGACCACCCGGUGAUGCUCGGGGCCACGUUACCCGCGGUGCUCCGGGCUCUCGCGAGGCCCGAGCUCUCCGUGUCCAGUGUUUCUACGUUGAAGAGGAUCUGCAGGGAGUGCCGACACGACCUGGGGCCCUACGCUCAGGACGUUCUCGCCGUGUCCCAGGAUGUGCUGAUGAAAGAAAUCCAUAAGAGCAGCCAGUGCACGUGGCUCAUGCAGGCUCUGGGCUUCCUGCUCUCCGCCCUGCCGGCGGACGACAUCUUGGGAAAGCUGCACUCGCUCGUCAGCCCUCACGUCGGGCAGCUGGACGCGCUGGCCCAACAGGCGGCCGAUCCCGCCGAGAAAGCGGCUAUCGUUCGCAUCCUGGCAAUGUUGUCCAACCUCUUCGGCGCCCUGGACGCCAACAGACACGCGGACGGCGCCGACGACGCCGACGGCGCCGACCGCCCCUCGCCGCCUCCCCGUCCAAGCGCGCGCAACCCAGUUGCGGUUGUACUACAGCAGUUGUACACGUUGAUCCAAAACAUCCUCAGCAAAUGGCUGGAGGACUCCGAGGUGGUGGAGGCAGUGUGCGCGUUAUUCCAUAAGUCCAUUGGAAGUCUCGGGCCCCUGGUGGCUCAGCUGAGUGAGACCCUGGGCCAGGUUUACAGCAGCUUCCCGCAAGCCUCCGUGCUGGACCUGGCGUCUCAGAUGGUUCCCGUAUUUGCUGGAGAGGAACGCCACAUCUCCUCCAUUCAAAGUCUGUUGACGACUCUUACCUCUUCCACACUGACAAUAUUUCAACGAGGCGUCAGGGAUCAUCCCGAUGUUGCAGAGUCCUUCAUGUACCUUCAUGCUCAGAUUCUGAAACGAAAACCCGAUUUUUACCUUGACUCCGAUCAUCUGGAUGUGAAAGCACUUUUUUAUUGUGGAAUUCUGUCACUUCAAUGUCCUGAAACAUCCACAGUAAAAGCUGCCAGCGUCUUCUUUACGGAGUUAUCGCCUCGAUGUAAAGACGCGCCGUCUCUCGGUGAGGUGCUGCAGAGGGACGGAAAGCUCCUCACAGAGACCAUCCUGCAGGCAGUCGGCGGCGGAUCUCCUCGUAGUCUGACGGAUUUCUUCUCCGAGGUGCUUCUGAGUCUCAGCAGACAUUUCCCGGUCCUGCUGUCCCAAUGGCUCACAGAAGGUCUGCGGUCGCCCGGAUUCCCCUCAGCGCACGUCUCCGCCGAGCAGAAACACAACUUCACCGAGCAGCUUCUCGGGGAGCAAAGCAACAAGCGUGGCGUGAGGGAGAUGGUGAAGGAGUUCUCUCUGAUUUGCAGAGGCCUGCAGGGCUCCGGACGCUGUGAUUACUAGCCCACGUUUCCUCCCGUGGCGCAUCCGCUGAGCUCAAAAACAGCAAAAUGUAAACGCCUUCGAGGACUUUAAGCAGAGCAUCCCUCGACUUCGAGGUGCCAUGUCAUCGGAUUUAUUUUGGAUCAUCUUUGAUGUCCUUUUAUCGGGUUUGCAAAAUCAUUUGGGUUGAAAAUGCCCAGAAAGUCGUUUUUCAAGCUAUUCGAGUUGGUCUUUUCACAGCCGGCAGUUGAGUUGAGACGGGCAGCUUUCUCAUUGAUAUUCGACAUGUAAAUAAGGUUUACUGCGAUUGGAGCCCUGAUCUUCUCUACGGAAAUAUGGAAAACAGCUGAUCUUCUGGUAUAAAUAAGAUUUUGUUUGAGAAAAUAGAGAUGUCGUAAGAGUCUUGGAAGCAUGAAUAUUUUUCCAUACAAUAGUUUCCAUUUUCCCUACGUUUCCAUACCUGGGAAAUUAUGAAAUCAAAUUCUAUAUUUGCGUAGGAACCCGAUAUUUAUUGCCACGAUACUCACACCAUGUCAGAACAUACAACACACACACAAAGUCAGGCUUCUUCUCUGUCGUCAGAGUUCUUCAACACGUAUAUUUCUGCUAAUAUAUCAUCAAAUGAAACACUUUUGACAAACAAAUAUCAUGAAUAAGAAGCCAACAUUUUCUUUCUUUUGUUUUGUUUAGUCGUGACAUCACCGACGGGGGCGGAACGAACACGGGACGUUUCGAGUGCACACUGUUGUAAAAAAAACAAACAAACAAACAAACAAACAAACAAAAACAGCCGAGGUGGCGAAGUGCUGCAGGUCCGCCAUCUUGUCGGAAGCGCUCGUCUAUCGGAUUCGUGUGAAAAGGUUCAACACAGACUUUGAUUCCUGAUGGCAACACGUACACAGAGAUGAUGUGAUUGGAUAUUCGACAUAUGUAGCCGAUCACAUGACCUCACGACGGACGCUUAUUACGUACCUUGGUGCAACGCGUUUUGCUGAAAAUGUUCCAAAAGCGAAGAGUCUCAUCGCCCGCGCCCGUCACAAUGGCCUCGCCGUCGGGUGACACGGCCUGAGAGAGGAAUACGGCGAUGAUGUUGACGAUGACGAUGACGUCGGCGAAUAUAACCGAGGCUGCCGUCGUACCAGGUAUAGUACUCUGUAGGAGUGUCCGGUCAGUUUGGCCACCUGCGUCAGCGACGGGUACUUCCACACCAAGAUCUGGUUCUGAGAGUAGCCAUGAGUGCUCACCUUGGACCAAAGAGUGGACACAGAAAGACACAUUUACUACAUUUUUCAUUUGCGUAGUGUCAUGAAGGACAACUAUUGUUCAAGUUACUGUAAAAACAGGUUUGGCAAGACAAAAAUGCUUGCAAUAUUUCAACAUGAGCAUUGACGACAUCAUUUUGGCCCAGAUUUGAACAAGAAUCAUGGAAGUUGACAUGAUUUGCUCUCGAGGGCCACCUAAAAUGAUGGGGCGGCCCACCGUGGACAAAUGUAGUCAUCCCCCCCUGCACAUUUAUCACUGCAUUUGUCAUCAACCAUUGAA